ACAAAAAGAAGCGGCCUACCGCCUCGCAUUCAGUUCCCGCGGAUUACCAGAAGUUCCACGAACGCUCCCCCCCUGAUCAUCUCACCCCAUCCGCCUUUAAGCUUGGCCUAGUCACCUCACUAGACCCGCCGUUGCUGUGGACUUGUCCUUUAGGCGCCUCUGUUCUGCGCGAAACUCCCGACAAGCUGGGCCCCGACUCUUGACCCUGCUGCAAAAAAGAAAAUUGUGCUACUGCUCUCUCGACCCGCUGUCACUCCUCCCGUCGGGAUAGCUUCGAUCAUCCUCCUGCCCUCUAUCCUUCCUACCAGACACACCUCCCGGCAGAAUACUCUAGAAUGGCGUCAAAGUUUCUACGAGAAUAUAAAUUGGUUGUCGUCGGUGGUGGUGGCGUCGGAAAGUCAUGUCUGACAAUUCAAUUGAUCCAGAGUCACUUCGUGGACGAAUAUGACCCGACAAUCGAAGAUUCGUACCGCAAGCAGUGUGUUAUCGACGAUGAAGUCGCUUUGUUGGAUGUCCUAGAUACAGCCGGACAGGAAGAGUACUCGGCAAUGCGUGAACAGUACAUGCGAACCGGCGAAGGCUUCCUUCUUGUUUACUCUAUAACGUCGCGCCAGUCGUUUGAAGAAAUUAUGACGUUCCAGCAACAAAUUCUACGAGUAAAGGACAAGGACUAUUUCCCUAUCAUCGUGGUUGGUAAUAAAUGCGAUUUAGAAAAGGAGCGAGCCGUCACAGUAGAAGAGGGUGAAGCUUUAGCAAGGCAGUUCGGCUGCAAAUUCAUCGAAACAUCCGCCAAGUCUCGCAUUAACGUCGAAAAUGCAUUCUACGACCUUGUCCGUGAGAUUCGUCGGUACAACAAGGAAAUGUCGUCGUAUCCGUCAGGCUCGGGAGCCUUCGGCAAUCGCGCCCCGGAGGGCAAAAUGGACGUGAGCGAACCGGGCGACGGCGCUGGUUGCUGCGGAAAGUGUAUUAUAAUGUAAUUGGGCAGGCGUUGGACUUGGAAAAAGGAUACAAUCACACGAGUCGAGAUACGGAAGGGAGCAAACUACAUAAUAAAAAUUCGACUGGAAAAAGAGAUAUGGGCGACAGGAAGAGCGCCACGGCCUCGGAGCUAAUUGCGGCUUGUUGACGCUUUUUGGUUUGUGCAAUUAUACCAUACGACUCGCU